AUGCUCCCAACACCGCCAGCGUCGCCGAAACCUUCUGGAGAAUGCAGCCCAGAGGAUAAUAUUGGCCUUGUACUUGCCGGUAGGAUUGAGUUGACCGGAAUCCUUGGAGUCGGAGCAUAUGGCACUGUUUACAAGGCGCAUGAUCUUGUUGAUGGCAGUGAGUAUGCAGUCAAAGCAUUGAGCAAGGUCGGCCUUGAUCCACGACAGAAGAAGUUCCAGGACCGUGAGAUUCACUUGCAUUACCUUGCAAGCCAGCACCCGAAUGUGGUUUCCCUCGUGAAGAUUCUGGACAGCGCGGAUUGCACUUAUGUCGUUAUGGAGUACUGUCCCGAAGGCGAUCUGUUUUCCAAGAUCACCGAGGAAGGGCAUUACAUCGGCGACGACUUCAAGGCCAAGCAGGUGUUCCUCCAGAUUCUCUCCGCUGUUCAACAUUGCCACUCACGAGGAAUAUUCCACCGAGAUCUCAAGCCUGAGAACGUGCUCGUAAAGGACCAAGGUCGGACCGUCAAGCUUGCAGACUUUGGAUUGGCCACACAGGACCGCGUUACUUCCGAUUUUGGCUGCGGCUCAACAUUCUACAUGUCACCAGAGUGCCAAAACCCGAACCCGAAGCCAUACUCGUGCUACGCUUCGGCACCAAACGAUGUCUGGUCUCUCGGUGUGAUCUUGGUUAACCUGACAUGCGGCCGCAAUCCAUGGAAGAGAGCAUCAGUCGAGGACUCCACCUUCCGGGCUUACAUGCGUGACCGGAACUUCUUGCAAUCCAUCCUUCCCAUUACCAAUGAGUUCAACCACAUUCUCCAGCGUAUCUUCGAGGUCAACCCUCGCAACAGGAUCACGCUCGGAGAAUUGCGUGACCUCAUCUUCCGCUGCCCAAGGUUGACCACCAAUGGAUCUUCCAACCCAGUGUCGGCGCCCGCCACGCCUCCAUACAGCCCAGUUGAGCAAGCCAUGGACAGUGUUACCGACUCCUCCGGAUUUGAGGUUCCACGCCUGGAACUUCCAGCUCAGCAAUACCCACCAUCACCUGCAUACUUUUACCCUUCACCAGAGUCCACUCCACCAACUUCAGGACAUUGCACUCCUCAACCAACAAUUUAUACGGCCCCGCCCAAGUCAAUGGCACCCGUCAUCUCUACUGGCCACUUCUUCAGCAACUUUCAACGUUGCGGCCAGAUGUUCUCCAACUUCAAUAUCCAGGCACCAAACCACAUGUGGGCCGCUACUCACUAG